AUCGAUCUAUCUAUCUAUAUGCAGACGAAUGCGCGCGCAAAGCCACACGGAAUUCUAGUCCGGCGCUAACUGCUCUGCUCUCGCGGGGGUAUCUAAUGGCGGCGCUGCAGGGGAAGGAGAAGGCGGCGACUGGACACCCGCUGCUGCGGGUGCUGAGGCGAGACAAAUACACGCACGGGCUCUACCCGGCGCAGAUGGAGGCGCUCCGGGCCAUGUGCGGCGCGCUCAUCCCAUCGCUGCCGCCGGAGGAGGCCCUCGACGGGCGCAGGGACACGCCACGCGACAAGGACCUCGAGCGCUUCUACCUCGCAUCCGGCGCCGACUCCACCAUUCCCGACGAGGUCGCGGAGCUGGCCUUCACCCGGUGCGUGUGGGAGGCGGGGUUGCUGGUGCACGUCACGCUCUGGCUCCUGUGCACGCGGCUCGGCACGCUGGCGCUGUGCGGCCGGCUGUGCGUCUCCGGCGAGUUCCCGUACGUGCGCCGCUUCGCUGACAUGCCGGUGGGGCGGCGAGAGGAGGCGCUCAGGCGCUGGACCAGGGCGCGGUGGCUCAUCCCCGUCAAGAUCGCCUUCGCCAUGGUCAAGACCCUCUGCUUCAACGUCUUCUACACCAAGCUGAACGAAAACUCUGAGAACCCAUGCUUGAAAGCAAUAGGUUUCAGCCUGCCGAACGUGGAAGAGCAACGGAAGAAACAUCCAGCGGAAGCGGCAGCGCCGCGGCCUCUGGACAACGGCGUCGUGGAGACCAGGGAACUGGACGACGCCACCCUGCUCAGAUCACUCGCGGACAAGGGCGUCGCGGUGAAGCCGGCCACGUCGGGCGAUUAUCACGCGGUGGAAUGCGACGUCGUCAUCGUCGGUUCAGGCUGCGGCGGGGGCGUGGCCGCCGCGGUGCUCGCGUCCUCGGGGCACAAGGUGCUUGUCGUCGAGAAGGGAGACUACUUCACCCCCGAUGAUUACAGCUCAGUCGAGGGCCCGUCCAUGGAGCGCCUCUACGAGCAGGGAGGCGUCUUCUGCACGUCCAACGUGUCGACCGUCUUGUUCGCCGGCACCGCCGUCGGCGGCGGCUCGGCGGUGAACUGGUCCGCCAGUAUCCGCACGCCACGGGAGGUCCUGCAGGAGUGGUCGCGCGAUCACGGGCUCCCGGUGUUCGGGAGCGCGGGCUACGUGCAGGCCAUGGACGCCGUGUGCGCCCGGCUCGCCGUCACUGACGGGUGCAGGGAGGAAGGGUUUCAGAACAAGGUGGUGCGCCGCGGGUGCGAGGCGCUCGGGCUGCCCGUUGACAGCGUGCCGCGCAACUCGUCGGAGGGCCACUACUGCGGGAGCUGCUACCUGGGGUGCCCAACCGGCGACAAGCGCGGCACGGACACGACGUGGCUCGUCGACGCCGUCAAGCACGGCGCGGUGAUCCUGGCCGGGUGCAAGGCCGAGCGCUUCAUCCUCCAGAACAAUAGCGACAAGAACGGCCGGAGCAAGAAGUGCGUCGGCCUGGUGGCGACGUGCAUGAGCAACGGCAUCACCAAGAAGCUGCGCAUCGAGGCCAAGGUGUCCAUCUCGGCAUGCGGGGCGCUCAUGACGCCGCCGCUGCUCCGCAACAGCGGGGUCAGAAACCGGCACGUCGGCCGGAACCUGCACCUCCACCCGGUGUCCAUGGCGUGGGGGUACUUCCCGGACAAGAACCAGGAGCCCCAGCUCACCGGCAAGUGCUACGAGGGCGGCAUCAUCACGAGCAUGCACCGCGUCACCGAGCGCACCAUCAUCGAGACACCGGCGCUAGGGCCGGGGGCCUUCGCCUCGUUGGUCCCGUGGGAGUCGGGCCGCGACAUGAAGGAGAGGAUGCGCCGGUACGCGCGCACCGCGCACGCGUUCGCGCUGGUCCGCGACCGCGCCGCGGGGAGCGUGCACGGCGAGGGCCGCGUGCACUACAGCCCGAGCCGCGGCGACAUCGAGGAGCUCCGCGACGGCCUGCGCCGCACCCUGCGCAUCAUGGUGGCCGCCGGCGCGGCCGAGGUGGGCACGCACCGCAGCGACGGGCUGCGGCUCAGAUGCAAGGGCGUGCAGGACAAGGACCUGGAGGCGUUCCUGGACGAGGUGACCGUGGCGAGGGGCCCGAUGCAGCCGGGCACGGACACGUGGGCGCUGCUCUGCUCGGCGCACCAGAUGGGCAGCUGCCGGAUGGGCUCCAGCCCCAUGGAGGGCGCCGUCGACGGCAGAGGCGAGAGCUGGGAGGCCGAGGGCCUGUACGUCUGCGACGGCAGCCUCCUCCCGACUGCCGUUGGUGUGAACCCCAUGAUCACGAUACAGUCUCUCGCCUACUGCCUCUCCAUGGAUAUCGCCGAGUCCUUGGCGUAGAGCGGGAAACAGUAGCGGAGCAUAUGUAUGAUGUGUGUUGAUUGUUGGUUAAUCAAGUGCAAUCCGCACAGGUACACUGUCCACAACUGCAGCUGAUUCAUGACACAUUUGUAUGUAAUUGUUUUUUUACCGCAAACAAUUGUAUGUAAUUGUUGUUUCAAUUGUUUCCUUACAUUUAUAUGUAAUUGUCGGUUCAAUUGCACGUGUAUAUGAACGUUUGUUUGCGUC